GCGACUUUUCCCGAGGCCAUAAUAAAUCUUGAAUCGCCGACCGCCAAACAACAUCAUCCGCAGCAGCUCGAAACGAUCCAAUUGGCAUCUGCUGCACAGUUAAUACAUAUAUAAUCCUUUAACGAAUAAUACUUUCCGCCUUCCCGCAUCCUCCAACACCCCAGCACAAUGGCUUCGACAGGAGUUAACGUCCUCCGAUGGUCCGCCCUCGCCGUCGGUGUCUUCUACGGUUUCUCUCACCAGCGCGGCAUCACCGCCACCCAGCGCGCCAACCACGAGCACCACGAGUACGAGAAGAAGCAGAAGCUGAUAGAUCAGGCCAAGUUGGAAUAUGCCAAGCAGAAGAACCCUGCUCCCGCUUCCAAGGAUGAUGUUAUUACCGACGCCUCGGACCCCAAGUUUGACCUUGAGAAGCUGUUGUUGAAGGUUGCGAAGGAGAACCCUUAAAUCGAAAGGCUGGGUAGGCGAUAUGGGUGGAGGAUAGACGACCAGAAAAGGCGACGGUUGUCUCUGCAUAUCUUGGGGAGUUCAGACCAAACGAGAGCUUUCUCAUUCCCCCCAAAGAUCAAAACGGUCGGUGUAUGAUUGUGGUUGCACGUGGCGAUGCUGCAUAGAGGUUUCCUUGGGUCCGCGUUUACUUCAACGUACAGAUGUACAAAUAUGCUUCGUUAGAUGGCACUGCAGGAACGAAUUCAAAAGUUUCUAUUCCCUUUAAUCUUUCAAUAAAGAACAUCCAAUUUCG